AUGGCAACCGACUAUUACUUUCACAACAGCCAGAGCCGCGGCCUCGGCGCGCAUGCCGGCCAGACAGAGCCCGGCGGCGGCGGCGGCGGCGCACCCUCAGCACCCACGCUCGCACCAGGACGCGCAGGACGAGGUGUGGAGGGGCAUGGUGGCGGUGGACCCGAUGGCGCGGGAGAUCGAGGGCCUGUCGGCCGCGUCGUCCUCGACUUCGUCGUCUUCAUCUUCGUCGUCGUCGUCGUCGUCGUCGUCGUCGUCGACCUCCUCGCCCAGGAGAGGAGUAGUGUGUAUCAUUUAGCUUCUUUUGUACAUUGUCAUGCUUUCCUAGCACCUCACCGUGUAUCUCUAUUCGUUCAUGUGCUAUUGGGGCAGCUGGUAGAGAAUGUUGCAUAUGCAGUCUUCACAGUAAUAGUAGGGCUCCAGACCGACUUGGCCUGCCUAUAG